AUGUAUCUGGGCCACACAAUACAGGCUGCAGGCGCAUUGUUGCUGCUUACCAGCAGGCCGGUCUGCGCCACAGGGACGAGGCCUCUCUUUCUGUCUUAGGACGGCUUCAACAUGCAGCUGACAGAGCUCAACCGUGAGUGUCUCCUCCACCUUUUCUCCUUCCUAGACAAGGACAGCCGGAGGAGUUUGUCCCUUACCUGUCUUCAGCUGCGAGAGGUAUUCCUGGACCCCUGCCUCUGGACUCUGCUUCAGUUCAGCUCCCCGUGUCAGCUGAAGAGGGACAACUUUGUGCUGGGGUCUUCAUUGCGUUACUUGACGGUUUGCUGGUACUCCAGCAGGGUCCUGCAAGUGUGCAACAUUGAGGACUGGUUGAAGAGCUCGUUUCAGAGGGACAUCUGCAGUAAACACGAGGGCCUGGUCAGCACUUUCAUGGCCCAUGUCUGCCGCAUGUGUCCCAACCUGCUCCGGCUAACCCUGUCUGGCUGUGGACACAUCACUGACCAGGAUGUGAUCUCCGUGCUGCAGAGCUGCAGGAAGCUGCGCCGCCUCCACCUGGAGAACUGCGUCCGCAUCACCGACUGCAGCCUGCAGGGUGUGGUGGCUCACGGAGACAGUCUGGAGGAGGUCAAGGUGGACUUCUGCAGGAACAUCACUCAGGCCGGCCUGCAGGCUGUCGGAGACAUGAGGCCGGGCAUCCAGCUGAGUGCCGAGAAGAGCGCUGAUAUGAUCCCAGACAGCAAGCCUGAGGAGAGGGUGCCACUCAGGAGGACACUGCAGAAAGUCCUGCUGUUCUCCUGAUGGAAAUGCUGGACAACA